ACAGAAAAAUAGAUAAGUGCACAUAUUUGAGCGUGAAAUUAACCGAUCUGGCAACCCAGCAAAGUCCUACGCCUGACCCCCGCCUGGAAACUGCCCACAAGUCUGAAGAAAUCCCGUUUAUCCACUAAGUAUUACGUGGUGUCUUUACAUUAUGCAGCAUCGGCAGUGUUACUGAAUAAAUCCCACGUUAUAUCAGAACAUGCGUCAUUUCAUUUUAUAGUCUUUUCUUGCCCAAAUGAACUCCAUCCAGAACUAUUUAACAUUGUGAUUGGGGGAUAGCGGUUUGUGAACAUGGCAACCACGAAGCAAAACAGGAAGUGUUCGCCGGCGGGAAAUUCGCUAACUGUUAUGAAAGCUUUCAGACAGACACUGAAAGGUUUUCUCUACCAGGACUAAGUUUCUUCCUCAAAUUAUAUUGAAUUGAUGAUAUUAAAUGAAGGUAAACGACGUAGAACUUGAAGAAAAGGUAACGUUUAGUUGUUAUUAGCUUACCUGGUUUACAGCAAACGGACUUUCUAGCUUAUUCGGCUCGCUACUUGUGUGGAUCAUGAAGGUAGAAAUGGAUAAAAUCGUGUCGCUGUCACUUGAAGAAAACACCGCUGAACUUCAGAAGUAUCUGUCGUCACUGACAAAUGACCAACUCAUCAGUGUAAUCACCAACAGCGCACUAAGAGGCAAGAAAGUCGGCACCAUUAUUAAAGGCAUAUUUAAAGGCUCUCCACCCAAUUCAACUGAAGGAUCCAAUCGCAGACUGCUGGUGUAUGAACACUGCAUCCCUCUGUGUGAGUCUGGAGAGCUUCAGACUGAGAUGGCAGCUGAUAUCAUUGGACUGCUGAUGCUAGAGACUCAUACACUGUCUGGAUCAUCUCUUGCACAACUGGCAUCUCUUUUUGUUGACGCCAUUAAAGUUGGGAAAAUGGGCAGCGGGAAAUCCCUGGAGCUGUUUCCUACUGUUCUCACCGCCCUUGCAGCCUGUGAAGCAUUGGCUUAUGGCAAAGGAGAACUCAGCGGUGAGGAAUACAAGAAACAGCUCAUUAACAGCCUCUGUUCCAGCAGAUGGGACCCGCAAUGUGUAAUCCAUCUGACCACCAUGUUUAGGGAUGUGCCUUUGUCAUCAGACGAGUUGCAGUUUCUGGUGGAGAAAGUUCUGAGGAUGUUCACCAAACUAGAUCUGCAGGAGAUCCCGCCACUGGUUUACCAGCUGCUGCUUCUAUCUGCAAAGGGUUGUAAGAAACAGGUUCUGGAUGGAAUCAUCAGUUACUUUAAAGAGCAAGACGUUCGGCAGGAAGAAGAGCAGCAACACGGAGAGAGUCUGGAUUUAGAGGUUCAGUCUAUUCCUCAGGACCAGCUCAGGCACGUGGAGGGUACUGCUAUCCUCCACAUCGUCUUUGCUGUACGACUUGACCAUGAGCUUGGGAGAGAGUUCCUCAAAAGCUUUAAGACGUCGUACGUGGACUUGUGUCCUUUCAGCGUUGCCCUGUUGCUCUCAGUUGCACGUAUCCAGCGUUAUGAAGAGCAAGUGUUUGACCUUUUAAAAGGUGCAAUCAUCAAGAACUUCAAAGAUGAGCAGCUGCAACAGGGGUCAAAGUUCUUACAGGACCUCCUGACGGGACACUGCAGUGUAGCUCAGAUGAUACUGGACACAGUCAAGAACAGUGUGUUUGGAUGGGAUCAUGUUACUCAGGGACUGGUGCAGCUGGGCUUCUUCCUGCUGGACACAUUUGGACCCAAACCUGGACCAUUCGGCAAGUCUACAGAGGGGUCUGCUACAGUAGCCCGAACCCCCACACAGCAGGCAUGUAAGCUGGGAGGACAGGUGCUGCUCCAGAGCUUUAAGAUGCAUGAGCCUAUAAGAGGUGAAAUACUGGAGCAGGUCUUGAAUCGAUUGGUCACAAAGACUGCCUCACCUGUCAAUCACUACCUGGAGCUUUUCUCUGACAUUGUGGUCUCUGCUCCCAUGAUCCUCCUGGAGUCAUCCUCCAAGGUGACAGAGACAUUUGACCACAUGUCCUACCUGCCUUUGGCUACUGUUCAGGGUCUACUUAAAGCUGUCCAGCCUCUCCUCAAGAUCAGCAUGUCCUUGAAAGAUGCUUUAAUCCUGGUUCUCAGGAAGGCCAUGUUUUCCAGCCAACUGGAUGGCCGGAAAUCUGCAGUGACUGGCUUCUUGUUGCUGCUAAAGAACUUUAAAGUGUUGGGCAGCUUGGCCUCAAGCCAGUGCAGUCAGGCAAUCUCCUCCAGCCAGAUCCAAGUGGAUGUUCAUUCUCGUUACAACUCUGCUGCCAAUGAAGCGUUUUGCCUGGAGAUCCUCAGCAGCCUGCGCCGCUGCCUGGGCCAGCAGGCUGAUGUGCGCCUCAUGCUCUACGAGGGUUUCUACGAUGUUCUACGUCGCAACUCUCAACUGGCCAGCUCCAUCAUGCAGACCCUCUUCUCACAGCUGAGGCGAUACUACGAACCUGAACAAGACCUGCUGCCCCCUGUGAAACUGGAGCCGUGCAUCACUGCUCAUGGAGACCAAAUCUACCUCCAGGAGCCACUGGCCCAUCUGGUGAGCUGCACUGUACAUUGCCUGCUGUGGCUGCAGAACAUGCGACAAUCAGCCAAACGCAAUGAUGACAACAGCGAUGAUGAUGAGGAGGAGGAGGAAGAGGAGGAGGGAUACCAGUCUGACCUACAGGCAAUUCUGGAGAGCAUGACGAGGCGCAUGAUCAAAAGUGAACUUGAGGACUUCGAACUGGAUAAGUCAGCAGAGUUUUCAAUGGGAUCCAGUGUUGGAGUGAAGAAUAAUAUCUACACUGUGCUGGUGAUGGGAGUGUACGAGAUCCUCGUGGAGUACAACUUUGUCAAAGCCAACUACAGUAAAAGCUGCUUUGAGGAGCUCGUUGAGUUGUUCAGCCGCUACCACAAGCUGUCUGAGAUCUUAAAGGAGAAAUCUGGAAAGGGUCGAGUGCCUUCACACAAGACGCCUCGCAGUUUGCUCUCUAUGGGCUUCACAUCGACUCUUGUCACUGUGCUCUUCAGGGAUACUACUCAGAGCAGAGAGGAGGCUCUUUCAGUUCUUCGCUCCAAUGGAGAAUUUGUGCGUUAUGCAGUUAGUGUGGUUGUGCAGAAGAUCCAGCAGCUGGAGGAAACUGGGCAAACGGACGGUCCAGAUGGACAGAGCACGGACAGAACUUUCCGGUUCCUCUGUGACAUGACAAGCGUGCUGAUGUGGCGCUACACAAACAUCCCCAGCGUGGUGGAGGAGGCCGGGAAGAAGGAGAAGCGUUCCAGCUUGUCACAGCUUUGUUUAGAGGGUCUGCUCAGGAUCUUCACAACCUGCCAACAGCGCUACCCAGACAAGAUGGCCCAGCUUCUCUCCGCCAUGGACAGUGCAGAAGACGAUGCCGAGCAAGACAAUGGUGCAGAGAUGAACUACUUUUACAUCCGACAGUUUCAGAGGGCGCUGUUCACCCAGUUAACUGGUGCUGAGGAGGACUUCAACAGCAAAGAGGCUCAGCUGCUGGUCAGCAUCUUGAGUGUGCUUUCACGCCAGCUGAAGCCCUCCUCCCAGCAGUUUGUUCAGAUGAUCACAUGGACGGUAAAAAUCUGCAAGGAGACCAGCUUUGAGGAUGCUGCUUUCUCAAAGGGGCUGCUCUCACUUCUCUUCAACCUGCAUGUCCUCUAUAAGAGUCCUGUAAGUUUGUUGCUGGAGCUCUGCCAAGACAUCCACAGCCAGCUGGGAGAUAUCGAUCAGGACGUGGAGGUGGAAAAACAGUCCCAUUUCGCCAUUGUCAACAUGAAAACUGCCACAACAGCAGCACUGCUGGUCCUGUCUCAGGUUGACAGAGUGCUCGAUGAAGUGGACUGGCUUAUUGCCAGAAAGAAAAGUCAGACAGCCUCUGACAAAUUGGGCUCCGGUGAGGCCACCCAGACCGCAGGCCAGCAGGAUGCGGUUGAGAAAGCAGUGACAGUGCAGCUCGGGACUCUCCUGACAGCAUUAAAUGAGCUGGUCCAGACGGCCCUUCUGCCCGGCACCUGCACCAUCACGCUGCUGAGGGAACUGAGCCGCACGUACACCAUCCUCACCACCCUGGUCAAAUAUUACAUCCAGGUGUGUAGCAGCCAGCACGGGGCACUGCCAACUCGCUUUGAGAAACUGGUCAAACUAUCGGGCACCCACCUAACGCCGCAGUGCUACUCUUUCAUCACAUACGCACAGAGUGGAGAAUUCAGUGGUGGAGAUGACAAGAAGAAAAAGAGGAGGAAUGAAGUGAACACUGCCGGCUCUGCAAAACUUCUGCGUGAGACUAAGGCCAUCCCCAACUUGAUCUUCAGCAUUGAACAGUAUGAGAAGUAUCUCAUCACGCUCACAAAGAAAUCAAAGGUAAAUCUGAUGCAGUACAUGAAGCUGAGCACCUCCAGAGAUUUCCGCAUCAAUGCUGCUACUCUGGACGCAGCGCUGCAGGAGCAGGAUGCCAGUCAGGAGACCACAGAGUCACAGGACACAGAAGAGACGCAAGAACCCAAACAGAAGAAGAGAAAACACUGAGUUGAUACGAGGCUCCUCCGUUUGAUGCUUUCCUCACGUUUUCACUCGACCGGCCGACGAACAGCGUCCUGGAACCUGCGUGUUUAAACGUCUGUUCCCACAAAGUGCCAUCUUAUUUAUAGAGAGAGCCUCUGGUGAUGUCAAUGAUUUGGUAGAUGUCCAAGGCUUCCCCUGUGGAGAGUUUACACACGUAGUCCAAUGAUCUUGUGCUCCUAUGCUUCACUUUAUUCAAAAGAAAUAUGUAUUUUGUACAAAUAUGAAAUGUAUUUUUUGACUGACAUGAAAUCUGUCAUUUGUAUUUUACAUUAUUUCAAGAUUUGUCAAGAAGUAAUGAUUAGAAAUGAUAAAAGCUACUCUGUUAAGAUUUAAGUUGUUACAUGCUUCUUAGCUUUCAAUAAACAUUUUUAUUUCUUACUCUGUA